AACUGUCAGUGUCACAGAGCAAAACCACAUUCUUAUUUUUUUUAAUUAUUAUUUCAAAUUUAUAUCCAUGUCCCAAACACAUCUUCCAACACUUUUUUAAAGCUCACAAGAAUUCAAAAAAACUUUUUCCAUGUCUACACUAUAACCACGUUGCUACUACAUUGUAACCCAUCACCCAAAAUUCUUCUCUUUCGUCCUCUUCUUCUCUCGUCUCUCUCUCUGCAACUCAUCGUUGCACAACACAAUCUGUACUUCUGUAGUUAUUAAACAAGUGUUUUUUCUUUUUCUUUUCAAGAUUCUGAUUCACUCGAGAAAAUGCAGUUUCUUUCAGUUCUUGUUUCUUCUUUCUUCUUCUUGAUAAGCUUCUCCUCGUCGCUAAACCCUGAUGGUUUGUCACUUCUGGCUCUCAAAUCCGCCGUCUUAAAAGACCCGACCCGUGUGAUGACAUCCUGGUCAGAGUCCGACCCGACUCCAUGCCACUGGCCUGGAAUCAUCUGCACUCACGGCCGAGUCACCUCACUCGUUCUCUCCGGAAGAAGACUAUCAGGUUACAUACCCUCGGAACUCGGACUACUCGACUCGCUCCUAAAACUCGACCUUUCUCGCAACAACUUCUCGAAACCCGUCCCGACUCGUCUCUUCAACGCCGUUAACCUCCGUUACAUCGAUCUCUCUCACAACUCGAUCCCAGGCCCAAUUCCGGCCCAGUUACGAGCCCUCAAGAAUCUCACCCGCAUUGAUCUCUCCUCCAAUCUACUCAACGGGUCACUCCCUGAGUCACUCACUCAACUCGGAAGCUUAGUCGGAACGCUCAACCUCUCUUACAACAGAUUCUCCGGUGAAAUUCCGCCGUCGUAUGGCCGGUUUCCUGUUUUCGUCAGCUUAGAUAUCGGCCACAAUAAUCUCACCGGAAAAAUACCUCAGACUGGCUCUCUGUUAAACCAAGGACCAACCGCGUUCGCCGGAAACUCUGAUCUCUGUGGCUUUCCGCUACAGAGGCUGUGUAAAGAAGACGAAAGCUCAAAUCCUAAGGUCGUCGCUCCGAAACCAGAAGGCUCGCAAUUACUCCCGAAGAAACCAAACCCUAGUUUCAUCGACAAGGACGACGGAAGAAAGGCUAAACCGAUCACCGGAUCAGUAACGGUUUCUCUCAUAUCCGGAGUCUCAAUCGUAAUCGGAGCUGUUUCUAUCUCCGUAUGGCUGAUCCGGAGAAAAUUAAGCUCCGCCGAGAGCAAAUCGAAGAAAGAGAACACGGCGACGCCAACGGAGUUUGAUGCGGCGGAGGAGGAGGAGGAGGGGGAGGAGGAAGGUAAAUUCGUCGUGAUGGACGAAGGAUUCGAGCUCGAGCUCGAGGAUCUGCUGAGAGCAUCGGCGUACGUAGUGGGAAAGAGCAGAAGUGGGAUUGUGUACAGAGUAGUGGCCGGAAUGGGAUCGGGUAUGGUGGCGGCAACCACCGUCGUUGCUGCUGUGAGAAGGCUGAGUGACGGAGACGCCACGUGGCGGAGGAAGGAUUUCGAAAACGAAGUGGAGGCUAUAGGUAGAGUCCAGCAUCCAAACAUCGUACGGGUACGAGCUUAUUACUACGCUGAGGACGAGAGGCUCUUGAUCACUGAUUACAUACGCAACGGGAGCUUGUACUCUGCCUUACAUGGUAAUUUCAUUAACCAAACCCACUAAGUAUUAGGCUAAUCUCAAUUUUUGUUGUUUUUGUGAGUCUCGAGGUUGAUUUAAAAAGAGACAAGAGUUGGGUUGAUUUGGGAGUUUAGUGCUCUUGAACUAACCACUUGAUUGGUGGAUUUAUAUAGAUGUUGUUUUUUUUUGUCUAUAUUAGAUUUUUUAUGCUAAUAGAAAGUUUAUUGGAAUCUUCUUCUUGUUUGUUUUCUAUAGGAAAUCUUUUGAGUUCACAUGUUUGGUGACUGUUUAUAGUUCUAGGCAGACUUGGAAUUUUCUUCUUGUUGAACAUUCGGUUUUUGCGAGAGUUUUGAAUUAGGAAAGAGCAAUGUAGAAGGUGGUGAGAUCCUGUUUGUUUUAACUUGAUGAGAGAAUAUUAAUUGUUGGUUUAAGUGUUCAAGAUCAGGAUUAAUUAGGAGUCAGUUUAAAAGAGUGUUCAAUGAGAC